AUGGAGAAGUGUUUUAAAGUCACAUUCACGAGAAAAUCGCAACCGAUCAACUUCGGCUAUCGCAUAGGUGACCAUUUCAUAGCCAUGGUGGAGCAGAUUCAUGAUCUUGGAGUCUUGUUCGAUUCUACUUUCAGUUUCAUUCCCCACAUUGAGGAGAUAUGUACCAAAGCUAGCAGAACGUUGGGAUUUGUACUAAGAGCAACAGGAGAAUUCGAGGAUUUAUCGAUUCUCAGAAGAUUGUAUUUUACAUAUGUCAUUAGUAAGCUGGAGUACGCCAACUUGAUCUGGUUUCCCAUCUACAAUUGUCAUCUUGUGCCAUUGGAACGUAUACAUAGGAAGUUCUUUAAAUACAUUAUAUUCAGGCGUACUGGUAGGUUUCCUGAGCGUGGAGCAGAUUUAUCUGACAUCAUGGUUGAGAUGAGAAUACCAUCUUUGCUUGCGAGGCGUGAAGAACAAUGUGCAAGAUUCGCUCAGAGACUCCUAACUUACAGAAUUGACUGUCCUUAUUUGCUGUCCAAAAUUAUGCUUAAUAUUCCAAGGUUGGUGUCAAGGUCGACCAGUACGUUUUAUUUGCCUACAGCACGUACAAAUAUGUUCGAACGAUGUCCCAUUUAUAGUAUAUGUCGGAGUGCUGACAGAUUGGGGAUGGAUGUGUUUGGUUAA